AUGAAAGAGGGAGAAUCUGUAAACGAGUAUUUUUCAAGGACACUCACCAUAGCCAACAAAAUGAAGGCUAAUGGUGGAAACAAAGGAGAUGUUGCAGUAGUUGAAAAAAUUUUGAGAUCCAUGACUUCCAAGUUUGAUUAUGUUGUGUCCUCCAUUGAAGAAUCUAAGGAUACUGACACAUUAACCAUUGAUGAAUUGCAAAGUAGUUUACUCGUCCAUGAGCUACGUAUGACUUCCCAUGUUGAAGAAGUGCAUGCCUUGCAAAUUACUCAUACAGAUCAACAUGCAGAACAAGGACGAGGUCGUGGAGGUCGAGGUGGCUUUGGACGACGAGGAAGAGAGCAAAGUCGCGGACGCGAACGUGGCAGACGAGGAUUUGACAGAUCCACUGUAGAAUGUUAA